AUGAAAAGAGACAGUCCAUAAUUUAAGUUAUUGAACUCUUCUUUGAAAAAGAACAAAAUAUCUUUGAACUACUUCGGCACCCCUAAAAAUCAAGCCAAAAUUAUUCUAGAAACUUUUAAGAAGGCUUAGAUAGGGUAAUCUACUCCAUAACCUAUUUUAACAGACUCUAAACCAUCAAUUAACUAAGAAUCAGAUAUUGAGAUGAUUAAUGCCACCAGCAACAGAGAUCUUCAGUUAACAAGCCUUCAAUCUUAUCUAAGUACAACAAAGAAUGAUUUAAAAAACUUAAGUGUAAUUUAGUAGGAUGAUAAGAUCUACGUCUUGCAGAGCAAUAAACCUCCAUUAGCUAACAGCAAACCCUCAGUGUCUAGACAGAUCAAGAAUAUAUACAAGACUUCAGACCAGAGAAUAAAUAAUAUGGGCUUACCUUAGAUGAAAGAUUUUGAUAAAUCUUAGUUUGGCUAUCAAGGCAAUGUGGGAUCAUCCUCAGUAUCAUGA